AUGUGGCUCUUACGUUCGAAGAGGGAACGCGCAAACAGUGUGCAUCGGGAUAUCGGCCCCGCUAUAGUGGCUACAGCUGAUGGGGCCGCUGCCCCGGUGCAGGUCGUCUCUCAGAUGUAUAAUGCUAUGCCCAGGAAGAGAGGACUUAUUGGUUGGCUCUGGACUCUUACGGGACACAGGAGAGAACAGCGUGUGAAGACAGAUCCUGGUGGAGAGAUGCAGAUUAUGCUUCCUAAUCAAGGCCAUGAGCGAGUGAACUCCGGAGAAGUGUGCCUUUUAGCUGAGAGUCCUUACAGGAUACUUAGAGCAGCUGAAAGCGGAAAUGUGGAGGACUUCAUGCGGCUAUACCUUAUGGACUCAUCGAGAUUGUCGCUGAAAGAUGCACGCGGUCGAACCGCGGCCCACCAAGCGGCUGCGCGGAAUAACACCAACAUACUGCAUUUCAUUAAAAAUUAUGGAGGAGAUUUAAACGUAGCAGACCUCGUAGGCAACACACCGCUACAUAUUGCUGUCGAAAACGAAUCGCUAGAAGCUAUAGAAUUUCUUCUUCAACAAAACGUGAUAACGAGCUCCUUAAACGAGAAAAAUCAGGCACCGAUACAUCUAGCCACCGAACUGAACAAGGUAUCGGUAUUACAAGUUUUCGCGAAAUACAAAAGCCAGUUCAACGUGGACCUCGGUGGAGAGCAUGGGCGGACCGCGUUGCAUUUCGCCGCGAUUCACGACCACGACAUAUGUGCUAGAAUAUUGAUCACAGAUUUCGGAGCACAGAGCAAACGACCUUGCAAUAACGGCUACUACCCUAUACACGAGGCCGCAAAGAACGCUUCGUCUAGAACUAUGGAAGUGUUUCUUCAGUGGGGUGAAUCCAAGGGAUGUACCCGGGAGCAAAUGAUAUCUCUCUACGACAACGAGGGAAAUGUUCCUCUCCACUCCGCCGUGCAUGGAGGAGAUAUCAGAGCUGUCGAAUUGUGUUUAAGCUCUGGUGCGAAGAUUUCGACACAGCAACACGACUUCUCCACGCCCGUCCAUUUGGCUUGUGCGCAGGGUGCUCUUGAAAUCGUCAAGCUUAUGUUCAGCAUGCAGCCCAAUGAAAAAAUGGCUUGUCUCACAUCAUGCGACGUACAGCGAAUGACGCCGCUACAUUGCGCCGCUAUGUUCGACCAUCCAGAUAUCGCUAGCUAUUUGAUAUCCGAGGGUUCUGAUAUCAACCCUCUGGACAAGGAGAGAAGGUCGCCAUUGCUUUUGGCAGCUUCAAGAGCUGGCUGGAGGACUGUUCAUACUCUGAUAAGUCUCGGAGCAGAUGUAGAGUUGAAGGAUACCAAUGAUAGAAAUGUAUUACAUCUUAUUGUUAUGAAUGGAGGAAGGCUGGAAGAUUUUGCUGCUACCUGCCGAAAUCGUUGUGAACAAAGCCUCAUACAACUUCUUAAUGAGAAAGAUAGCAAGGGCUGUUCACCGUUACACUAUGCCAGCCGAGAAGGCCACAUCAGGUCCUUGGAAAGCCUAAUUAAACUCGGCGCUUGUAUAAAUCUGAAGAACAAUAACAACGAAAGUCCUCUUCAUUUUGCUGCCAGAUACGGACGCUACCACAUUGCCAGCCAGUUACUAGACUCUGAUAAAGGCACGUUCAUAAUAAACGAGAGUGACGGCGAAGGUCUCACACCUCUUCAUAUUGCUUCUCGAGAAGGCCAUACAAGAGUGGUACAGCUGUUGCUUAACCGCGGUGCAUUAUUGCACAGAGACCAUAACGGCCGCAAUCCGCUGCACUUAGCGGCAAUGAGCGGAUACAUUCAAACGAUCGAACUGUUACAUUCAGUUCACUCUCAUUUACUGGACCAGUCGGAUAAAGAUGGAAACACCCCACUUCACUUGGCUACGAUGGAAAACAGACCGAACUCCAUAUCGCUGCUGUUAUCAAUGGGAUGUCGCCUGAGCUACAAUAAGUUAGACAUGAGCGCCAUAGACUACGCAAUCUAUUACAAGUUCCCCGACGCAGCUCUUGCUAUGGUUACCCAUGAAAAUAGAGCUAAAGAAGUGAUGGCACUUCGAUCUGACCGCCAUCCCUGUGUGACCCUUGCCCUGAUCGCUUACAUGCCGAGGGUGUUCGAAGCAGUACAGAACAAAUGCAUCACCAAAGCCAAUUGCAAAAAAGAUUCAAAGAGCUUUUAUAUUAAGUAUUCUUUCAAGUUCUACCAAGACUCGAAGCUUAAGAUCGAAGCGCUAAGACAGGCGCUGAACAACCCAAAGUAUCGCCCAGAACCGUUGAGUGUGAUCAACGCUAUGGUUGCACAUGGUCGUGUGCAAUUGCUUGCUCACCCGCUUAGUCAAAAAUACCUGCAAAUGAAAUGGAAUUCCUACGGAAAAUAUUUCCAUCUAGCAAAUCUACUUUUCUACUGCAUUUUCUUAGCCUUUGUUACGCUCCAUGCGUACUUGCAAAUGUUGAAACCCUACAACGCUUCGAACACCAUAUAUGAUGAUGUAGCAAGUGGGAAUUCAACUAACAGUACUUGGCAAAAUAUUGAUCCAAAAACACAAUUUGAAUCUUGGAUUGCAUUAUACACGAGCACGGUAGCAAUUCUCAUCUACAACUUCAUUGGCUUGAUCCGGGAAAUGUGCAAUAUAAAGGAGCAAAAGUGUCACUAUAUAAUGGAUCCAUCCAAUUUUGUAUCGUGGAUGUUGUACAUUAGCUCAGUUCUAAUGGUCCUACCAUGCAUAUAUCCCAUUUACGAUAACAUUCAGUACUCAGCGGCUUCCAUUACAGUAUUUUUGUCGUGGUUCAAUUUACUCCUGCUGCUUCAGCGCUUCGAUCAAGUUGGGAUUUAUGUCGUCAUGUUCCUGGAAAUUCUGCAGACCCUCAUCAAAGUGCUGAUGGUGUUUUCCAUCCUGAUCAUCGCAUUUGGGCUUUCUUUCUACGUUCUCAUGUCUAAAGGGAAGCAUUUAUCUUUCAGCAGCAUCCCCAUGUCGUUAAUGCGAAUCUUCGCAAUGAUAUUGGGAGAAAUCGACUUUGUGGGAACUUACGUUCAGCCCUACUAUAAGGCUGACUCACAGGUUGACUUGCCAUUUCCACUGCCGACUUUUUUAAUACUUGCAUUAUUCAUGGUAUUUAUACCGAUUUUGCUAAUGAACCUGCUCAUCGGUUUGGCUGUCGGCGACAUUGAGAGUGUUCGGAGAAAUGCCCAACUAAAACGAUUAGCUAUGCAAGUGGUCCUGCAUACGGAACUAGAAAGGAAACUGCCAGCAUUUUUGCUAGAAAAGGUAGAUAAAGAUGAACUGAUCGAAUACCCCAACAACAAGAAAUGCAAACUUGGCUUUCUCGAUUUAAUUCUACGCAAAUGGUUCUGCAAUCCAUUCACAGAUGACGCCAGUUUGGAUCUUGUUCUCGAAAGCGGAGAUGACAUAAUAAUGAGGGAAAUUGACAAAAUAAAACGCCGCUCCCGAGACUCAGCGCAAAUCUUAGAGCAGACUCAUCAUCUUGUACGACUAAUUGUGCAGAAAAUGGAAAUUAAAACCGAAGCGGAUGACGUUGACGAAGGAGUUUCCCCGGCUGACACCCGUACCGUCCCUCGCUGGAACACUUCCCGUGUCCGCAACAAAUUGAGAGCCGCAUCUUCUUUCAACAAAUCAAUUAAUUAGUUGGCUUUGCCAGAGCCCGACUCUUAUUUGCCUUUGAUUAUUUACUUUCAGAUCAACGCUGAAAGUAAAUAAU